AUGAAUACACAAUUGGCAAUUCCUCCAAAGUUGGUUUCAUCCGAGACUGGGAUUAACGUACCAGAAAACAACAUAUCUGUAAAUGACAGUUUUGUGGACAGUACUUUUUCAAGAUGGCGGACAAGAGAUCCGAAUGGCGACAUGCUGACGGUUGAAUCCUUUGGGCGCUUGGGUAAUCUCAUGUUUGAGUAUGCUUCUCUGCUCGGUAUAGCUUUCCGUAACGGGAAGAGGCCGUUUAUCAACCCGGAUAAUACCUUAAACACAGUGUUCAAUCUGUCUUUCGUUGAAAAUUGGGAUACGAAAUAUUGGCUUCACAUUUCUGAAAGAAAAUAUGCCGGCUAUUCGCCUGAAUUCGAAAAUCUGCCAGCUGGAAAUUAUGUCAUGGGGCACUUUCUCCAAUCCUGGAAGUAUUUUGAACCGUUUAGAGAACAAAUUAUUAAAGAGUUCAGUUUUUCAGAUCUAUAUGAAAUGCUACGGAGAAAGAUAUUUCAUCUUUACACAUCCCCGUUCAAGAAUCGCACAGUGAUAGGACUGCAUGUACGUCGGACUGAUAUGACGGCACAAAACGAACACGGUUAUACCGAAGCCCCAGUUUCGUACAUAUACAAAGCUGUUCAACAUAUGAGGGAGAGGUUUCGUAAUCCAGUGUUCUUGAUAGCCACGGAUGAUAAGGACUGGUGCCGGCGGAAUCUGGACUCUGAAGAUAUGAUCUUGAUGACCACCACGAACCCGUUCGUGGACUUCGGGACUCUGGUUUUGUCUGAUCAUAUGAUAAUGACGGUUGGGACGUUUGGAUGGUGGGCGGCAUGGCUGAUAAAUGGGCACACGGUGUACUAUAAAGAUUAUCCCAAACCCGGAGGGAGGCUGGAAAGUCAGUUCGUGAAAGAAGAUUAUUUUAUGCCGCAUUGGAUUCCUAUGGGCGGAUAA